GCCUUUGUUACACUUUAACAACUCAGACCACCACUAAAAAACUAUGUCUCUUUGUAUUGCUAGUGGAUCCAGGCAGGUUUCUUCAUUUGGUGGAGGUGGUGGAUCAGUCAGAGUACCCAGCAUAGGAGGAAGAUUUGGUAGUGGGAGUGUAUGUGGUUUGGCUGGGGGAUCCGGUGUCGGAUUAGGGAGUGGAUUAGGAGGGGGAGCAGGUGGUGGCUUUGGUGGAGGCUAUAGUGGUGGGUUUGGUAAUGUAUCAGUUGGAGGAGGCUAUGGAAAUGCUUACCGCAGUAGCUCAUUUGGGGGCUUGGGUAGUGGCUAUGGUGAAGGCUUUAGUGGGGGCUUUGGUGGAACUGAUGGCAGCCUUCUGUCUGGUGGCGAAAAGGAAACCAUGCAGAACCUUAAUGAUCGCCUAGCUAACUACCUGGAUAUGGUGCGUGCUCUGGAGCAGGCAAAUGCUGAUCUUGAACAUAAAAUCCGGCUGUGGUAUGAGAAACAUGAUCCUGCUGCUGCUGGGUUACGCUGUGAUUACAGCAAAUAUUACCAGAUAAUUGAAGAUCUUAAGAAUCAGAUCAUCUCUGCAACUAUUGACAAUGCCAAGAUAGUCUUGCAGAUUGACAAUGGCAAGCUUGCUGCUGAUGACUUCAGACUUAAGUAUGAAAAUGAGCUUUUCCUUCACCAAAGUAUUGAAGCCGACAUUAAUAGUCUGCGUAGAGUCCUAGAUGACCUGCUUAUGACAAGAUCCAACCUGGAAGCACAGGUUGAAAGCCUGACUGAGGAGCUAGUGUAUCUUAAGAAGAACCAUGAGGAAGAAGUGAAAAGCUUCCAGCAUGGCUGUACAGGUGAAGUGAAUGUAGAAAUUAAUGCUGCUCCAAGAGUUGAUCUAACAAAGAUUCUGAAUGACAUGAGAGCUCAAUAUGAAUCCCUUGCUGAGCAAAAUCAUAGGGAGGCCGAAGAACACUUUAAUAAAAUGAGUCAACAGCUGCAGCAACAAAUCUAUGAUGAUGCUGGUGCAGCAGACUCAGCCAGGCAUGAAAUAACUGAGAUCAAACGUACUCUCCAAACCCUGGACAUUGAGCUACAAGCCCUUCUGGCCAAGAAAUGCUCCCUUGAAGGCACCUUGGCGGAAACUGAAGGAAACUACAGUGCUCAGCUUUCACAAAUUCAGCUUCAGAUUAGCAAUCUGGAGGAACAAUUAAAGCAGAUCAGAUCUGAAAUGGAGUACCAGACUGCAGAAUAUGAACAGCUCCUGGGCAUCAAGACACAUCUAGAGAUGGAGAUUGAGACCUAUAGGCGACUGCUAGAUGGAGAAGGAGGCAGCUUUAGAUCUGGAGGUUAUGAAUAUCAAGAAUCUAGAGUUCAAAUCAAAGAACCAUCUAAAACUAGAGUGGUUAAGACAAUUGUUGAAGAGCUGGUGGAUGGCAAAAUAGUCUCAUCAAAAGUCCAGUCAAUAGAAGAAAGGCCAGCUAAAAAAGCAACAUGAAAAUGGAAGAGAGGAUCCUCUUAUAUGUGCCUACAGACAGAACCAAAAACAAGGAAGUGUUCUGGACAAAUGUAGAAUUUUAAGUGGCUUAAGAGUUUCCCAUCUUAAAAAUAAGGGUUCUAUCAUCUACUUUCUCUUCUCACUUCACUGAGAUGUAGUCUUUUAUGGGUGCUAAAAA